CGACACUAACUAAGCAAAGAAUCAACGACACAAAUAAAGAGGCACGACACAGAGGAGUGUUGACGCGGAAAACCCAGGAAUAAGGUAAAAAACCGCGGAUAGCUAUGAGGCUAUCAAUCCACUAAGUAUUCUAUAUGAUUGUUUAUGCUUUUUCUUCUGAGAAUCGAUAACUAAAAGCUCAAGUACAAUAAUGAAUGAUGAAACAGUUUAUAACUUAAGAGUUUCGGUGCUUGAGUCAACGUGGCUUGCUUAUCAUUAUCUUCGUCCUUUUAUAGGGUAUUCUCAACGGUCUAAUCGGUUGAGAGAAUCCCACAAAGAUAGGAGUAUCUUCAUCACACGUCUCUUCAGCCUUCAACUGCUUCCGCGCUUCUCGCGUGAGUCUUGGACUUGUUCUUGCUAGCUUGACGGCGCUGCCUAUCAUGGGCUUUAGGUCAACUUAUCAGCCCGUUUCUCGAGGACGCGUCUCAGUUGCUUGUACUUUGUCGCCUGUCCUUCGUCGGCUGUACCUCGUUGUAUGAUGCUACGUCGGACGUAUCUCCCUGGAGCUGUGUUUACCUGCGACACGAUAUGACCUGGCUGACACGACAUGACCAAACGUUAGAACGGUUAUGUCGUUAGUCCAAAAAGUGGGAUAACAGUUUGCCCCCAAUUGUGAAUUUGCGGAGUCACACAAAGCAAAAGAAACAAUUCAAAUUAAAAAACCGUCUUCAACUGCCUAGUUCGUGGGAUAAAACCGUUCAAAAUUCUAGGGUAAUAAAUACCAAUUCACGACAUGCAAUAAAGUUCUUCACACCAAGUUUUUCGAAAAAUUUCUAGAUCCGAAAGCAGGAGAGAGAAGAGGGAGAAAGCGAAGUCGAUUUUCGCACUGAGUUUGUUCGAUUUUCAGGUAAAAUUCGCUUUCUUUUUCGAUUUCCUUGUAGAUUUUUGUAAGUGAGAUGGGUAGAUCUAAGUCGGUUGUAGCGAGAGGAAAGGGGGAGUCGGGUUCCACUCGGGUUAAGUCCCUUAACCCGAUAUAUUCUACUGUGGUGGAUCCGGCGGCUUUUGUUGAACUUGCUGGUUUGCCGCCGUCGGCGGAAGUGAAGAUUCCCGGCUCGGAUGAGGAAGCCUUUGACUGUCCAGAGGGGUAUGUGGUUAUGUAUGAGUAUCCGUUCACAAUUGGCUUCAAAUUUCCUUUCACUCCUCUAGUUAGGUCCUUUAUCGAGGUUUUCCAUUUGAGUCCGGGUCAGUUGAUGCCCCAGAUAUGGCGGGUUUUCACGGUGGUGCAUGGAGUUACUGCGAACUGGCGUACGCCGUUUGACCUGUCUGAUUUGAUGUACUCUUACGACCUAGCGCUGCAGAAGUGUUGUAGGUAUACCUUGGUUACGAAGAAGGGGAAGACGAACUUAGGUGUUGGUUUAGGUGUGAACGACAGGGGUUGGCAGAGUCGUUUUGUCUUUGUAGGCAAAGAUUCUCUGGGAGAUAAAGGGCGGUUUCUGGUCGAGGGAUGGACGAUGGAAGUUGUCAAGGGGUCGUCGUUGACUGAGUUGAACGCUGAUUCUGAGGAUAAGUAUCGGAAGUUCUUGGGUUAUUCUGUCGAGGAUAGGUCUUUCAGUCGCGACGGAGAGUUUUUAGACGAGCAGGAGGUGGACCGGUCAGGCGACGUCGCCGAGGAGGAGGAGAUAGACGAGGGAUCAGGUCAACUGACUCGUCGUCGGAAAAGGUUGGAUUUGCUUGAGGAGGUAGUGGCGAACUCGUCGUCCGCCGAAGGUGAAGUAGGUGAUAUGGCUGACAACUCAGAGCAUACUCUUUCGUCUCGGCCUGUGUCGAGGAUGUCUCAGAGCGAGAUUCAGGAGCGUGCAAGGAAGCGACUUAGGUCGUCCUCGACUUCUGGUGGACGGGGUAUGACGGUUGUACCUCGGUUUUCUGCGAUAGGUUCAUCGGCCGAGACGCCUGUCGUCAUAGGAGUCGAAGGCUUUCAUCCGAUUGCUUCGUCGUCGCCUCCACAGCCGUUCAAGGCGUCGUCUGCUGCUGUCGACGUUAGUAAAGUGUCUACUUCGUCGGCCAAGAAGCGACCUGUCGAGACGGAUCCUGUCGAGGAUACGGUUAUCACUUUGCCCCCAAGCUUCUUGGGUGAUGAAGAGGCGUCGGUUAUAUGGCCUUUCGCUGAUCGCUUGAUCUUGCCUACGACGUAUCGACGAUACCACGAGGUGGAUCCUCUUCCUGUCGCGUCGGACGCCGCUGAGCUUAGUCUGCGGGCGUCGCAGGCUGCCUUGGCUGUACGUAGGCAGUGUUCGUUGCUGUGCGACGAGGUGACGAGUGCAAGGCAGCUGACGGCGACGGCGAAGAAGGCGGCCGCGUCGUGGGAAGCGAAGUGGAAAGCUGCUGAGAAGAAGGUCGUGGAUCUUGCUGCGGUGAUUAAGGCCAAGGGUGAUCAAUUGAAAGGUAAGGAUGAGCAGUUAGCCGACGUGACUAAAGAUCUGGAGAAAGUGAAGGAGGAGUUGACCUCGACGACAGAGGAAUUGGAUGGAUUGAGGAGCUUGUACGACGCCCUGCAGGAGGAGGCGAAGGACGUCGAGGCUCUUGCUAUAUGGAGGACGCGGGCGCAGAUGAUGUAUUCCUGCCUGAUUGGGGAGACUAGCCUUUGGCCGUGUCAAAAGGAGGUGGAUGACUAUCUGGCUAAUGGCGGUACCAUGGCUGACCUGUCGGUGCCCGUGGUGGAUUCGGAGGAGUUGGCGAAGACGGCUGACACUGCUAGUACUGAGGCGACGGAGGUGGAUGCGGCUUUGUUGGUGGUGAGUGCGCCUGUUCCGGACCAAGAGGGGGAGGUUUUAGCUGUUGGGUGCGAAGAGGAGGCCCUUGCCGUCGUUUCUCAAGACGAGAUGGUGGACGUGGCGUCGGUGGAGGUGCCAGUCGUGCCCCCAGAGCAAGAGCCGGAGCAGGAAGUCGUGGUCUCUACUCAGGAAUAAGGGAUGUAAUAGUUUGUAGUUUUCGAAUUUUCUGUUGGUUUUUGUGUUUUGUUGGUGAACUUCUUUACUCGUCGUCGAUGGCGGCGACGAGGUGGUUUGGAUGACUUGUGUUUUGUUUUUGUGUUUGGAAUGUUUUUAUUCGUCGUCGGUAGUGGCGACGCUGUGUGUGGAUAAUGUUUAGUGUUUGAAAUUUCGGAAGUCGUGGCCUUAGGGGUCGCGCGUCGUGUGUGUUAAGUUUGUUUUUCUUUAUGGUUAUCCCGUUGCGUUUUGAUGUCUUAGUUUCGUGUGGCAGAUGCUUUGCAAGUAAUAAGUAUUGAACCGACUGAUGUGUAAAAUCAUACCUGCGUUGUUACUUCGUUGUCUCUUGCGGUCUCGCUCUGAGUCGUACGUUGUUGCUUGUGGACGUCAUUCGUCGUGCGUCUUGCAUUCUGCAAAAGAAAACAGGGGUCGCUAGGAGGAUUGGCCGUUGGGGAUGCCAACGGCCCUCCGAUGCCUAAGUCAGUAAUGGUUUUUAACAUAAAACGAUAAAGAAAAGUAAAGACGACAAUGCGGCGACUGAUAAAAUUGGUUACGACGAGAUUUCAAAAAUGGUAGAGUUUAAGAUGUGUUGCGUUCCAGCUUCGGGGGACCGACUUGCCAUCUUUGGUAAUGAGUCUGUAUGCCCCCUUUCCGACGAUUUUGUCGAUCAAGUACGGUCCUUCCCAAGCUGGUGCUAACUUACCCGCGUUCAAUUUUUCGUGUUUUGAAAUACUCUGCGCAGUACCCAAUCUCCUUCUUUGAACAUUUUCACUUUGACAUUUUUGUUGAAGCACUUUGCCACGAUUUGUUGCUGUGACGCCAUCCUUAUCAAUGCUGCUUCCCUGAGAUCUUCUGUGUUGUCGAGGUUUUCGCUGAGUUCUACGUCGUUUUUCUCUGGCGUCAUGAGUCCAUAUCGUGCACUGGGCAGCGUCACUUCAGGGGGAAGUACCGCUUCGCACCCGUAAACGAGUGAGAAGGGAGUCUGUCCCGUCGCCGUCCUAGGCGUCGUCCUGUUGGCCCAUAGGAUGGAUGGCAAUUCUUCUGCCCAUCGCCCCUUCUUGUCGUCCAACCGCUUUUUCAGCGACGCGAUGAUCGUUUUGUUGCUGGAUUCCGCCUGUCCGUUUGCUUGGGGGUAUCUGGGCGUCGACGUCUUUAGCUCGAUGUUCCAUGUUUUGCAGAAAGCUCUUGUCUUGUCGCUGAUGAAUUGUGAUCCGUUGUCGCAGAUGAUUUCUGACGGUAUUCCGAACCUGCAUAUUAUGUUAGUCCAUAUGAACGAGCAUACCUCUUUGUCCCUUACUUGUUGGAACGCACCUGCUUCUAUCCACUUGGAAAAAUAAUCUGUUAGGGCUAACAUGAAGACCUUUUGUCCUGGGGCGACGGGCAAUUUGCCAACGAUGUCCAUCCCCCAUUUCAUGAAAGGCCACGGAGUUAGGGUUGGAUGCAAGAAUUCGGAUGGUUUAUGUGUCAUACCUGCGUGUCGUUGGCACUUGUCGCAUUUGGAUACGUACCUCAUGGCGUCCUUAAGCAUUGUUGGCCAAUAGUAUCCAUUUCUUUUGAUUCUGGUUGAUAAGCUUCGUCCUCCUUCGUGUCCUCCGCAUUCUCCUUCGUGGUAUUGUUUCAAUAGCGUUUCCCACUCGAUCUCUUCGGCACAUCGCAUCAACAUUCCGUUUGCUGAUCGCUUAAAUAGUACGUCCUGCAAAAUAACAUAUCGUGAAGCUUUGAAAAGUAUCUUUCUGGCGUCUAGCUUGUCGUCGGGUAGAGUUUCGUGCUUUAGGUAAUCGAAGAUGGGUUUGGUCCAACUGUCUGUGUUUAAGGUUGAUAGGACGAGGCUGGCGUCUUGUGGUAUGUCUUUUUCGACGGCGGGCGAUAGUAGGUGCACUAGAGGUAUGGUCGAGAAUGGUGAUUUUCUGAGUGCGGAUCCUAGGUUGGCAAGGGCGUCGGCUUGCGUGUUUAGGUCUCUUGGGAUUUGUUUGAUGGAGAAGGGUUUGAAUUUGGAAGUUAACUCUUUUGCUUUCUCGAGAUACAAGGUCAUUUUUAGGUCUUUAGCUUCGUAGUCGCCGUUAAUCUGGUUGACGAUUAGUUGUGAGUCACUGAAGAUGUUGAGUCCGCUUGCCCCUAAUUCCAUAGCUAAUGUCAUUCCGGCGAUUAGCGCCUCGUAUUCUGCUUCGUUGUUAGUUGCCUUGAAGUCGCAGCAUAUUGCCUGUGCUAUCAUGUCCCCUUGUGGUGACUUUAGUACGACGUCUAAACCUGCACCACGAAAGUUAGAUGAGCCGUCGACGAAGAGUGUCCAUAUUUCUUCUAUGUUGUUGAUGAGUUUGACUUCGUCGUCUGCUAUUCUCUCUAAGUCGGGGCUGAAGUCUGCCACAAAAUCUGCUAGAGCCUGCGACUUUACAGCCGUCCUUGGUUGAUACUUGAUGUCGAACCUUCCUAGUGCCAUUGUCCACUUCUCCAUUCGACCUGUCAGUUCUGGCCUACGCAUCACAGACUUGAUCGGAUAGUUAGUCAUCACCACUAUUUGGUGAGUUUCAAAAUAAUGCCUUAGUUUCUUAGCUGCAGUAACGAGUGCUAAGACGAGUUUUUCGAGGGAGGAAUACCUGGUCUCUGCUUCCAGUAGUGACUUACUGAUGUAAUAAAUGGGUAGUUGUUGUGCUUCGUCUUCUCGAGCUAGGACCGCGCUUACUGCCGUCGAGCUAACGGCUAAAUAGAGUUGUAAGACUUCUCCUUCUUUUGGUUUGGAUAGGAGGGGCGGCGACAUCAUGUAUUUUUUGAGGUUCUGCAGGGCUGCUUCGUGGUCGUCGGACCAGUUAAACCCCUUGUUUUUGCGUAGGACGUCGUAAAA